GGAGGGUGGCGGCAAGAGCAGCGCAGAGACCCGCAUCCGAUCGGCUGUCCGGAGAGUCCGUCCCCCCCUUCCCCUCUCGCUCGGUUGGGCCAGGCCGCGCGCGUGCGGCCGCCGCCCCCUCGCCUCCUCCUGUCAGCGGCAGCGGGGGGUCGCCGCCUCCCCUUCAGUGCGCGUGCGCGCUGGGCCUCCCCCUUCGCCUCAGCAGCAGCAGCCGCCGCCGCCGAGUCCUUCUCCACCUCCUUCGCCGCCACCUUCUUCUUCUUCUCCCCCUCGGCCCGCCUCUCUCGCUCUUGCUCCGCCGCGAUGCCGGAGAAGCGGCCCUUCGAGCGGCUCCCGGCCGAGGUGCGCCCCAUCAACUACGGGCUCUGCCUCAAGCCGGACUUGAUCGACUUCACUUUCGAGGGGAAGCUGGAGGCCGCCGUGGAGGUGGGGCAGGCAACCAAUCAGAUUGUGAUGAAUUGCGCUGACAUCGACAUUAUCACGGCUUCCUAUGCACCGGGGGGAGAUGAAGAAAUCCAUGCAACAGGAUUCAACUACCAGAACGAAGAUGAGAAAGUGACACUUUCCUUCCCCAGCACACUUCAAACAGGGAUGGGGUCAUUAAAGAUAGAUUUUGUUGGAGAGCUGAAUGAUAAAAUGAAAGGCUUCUAUCGAAGUAAAUACACCACACCUUCUGGAGAUGCUCGUUUUGCUGCUGUUACUCAGUUUGAGGCUACUGAUGCUCGUAGAGCCUUUCCUUGCUGGGAUGAGCCCUCCAUCAAGGCAACGUUUGAUAUCUCGUUGGUGGUUCCUAAAGACAGGGUAGCUUUGUCAAAUAUGAACGUCACUGAACGGAGGCCCUACCCCGAUGACGAAAACCUGGUGGAAGUGAAGUUUGCCCGCACCCCGGUGAUGUCAACAUAUCUCGUCGCUUUCGUGGUGGGAGAAUAUGAUUUCGUUGAGACCAGGUCUACUGACGGUGUGUUAGUCCGCGUUUACACUCCUGUUGGCAAAGCGGAGCAAGGAAAGUUCGCAUUAGAGGUUGCUGCUAAAACCCUGCCUUUUUAUAAGGAUUACUUCAAUGUUCCUUAUCCUCUUCCUAAAAUUGAUCUCAUUGCUAUUGCAGACUUUGCAGCUGGUGCCAUGGAGAACUGGGGCCUUGUUACUUAUAGGGAAACUGCUCUGCUGAUUGAUCCCAAAAAUUCGUGCUCCUCGUCCCGUCAGUGGGUGGCUCUUGUCGUGGGCCAUGAGCUUGCUCACCAGUGGUUUGGAAACCUUGUGACGAUGGAAUGGUGGACCCAUUUGUGGCUCAAUGAGGGCUUCGCUUCCUGGAUUGAGUAUCUCUGUGUUGACCACUGCUUUCCAGAAUAUGAUAUCUGGACCCAGUUUGUCUCUGCUGAUUACACACGAGCCCAGGAGCUUGAUGCCUUAGACAACAGUCAUCCCAUUGAAGUUAGCGUGGGCCACCCAUCUGAAGUAGAUGAAAUAUUUGAUGCAAUUUCUUACAGCAAAGGAGCAUCAGUCAUUCGGAUGCUGCACAACUACAUUGGGGAUGAGGACUUCCGGAAAGGAAUGCACUUGUAUCUGACCAAGUUUCAGCAUAAGAAUGCAGCUACAGAGGACCUUUGGGAAAGCCUGGAAUAUGCAAGUGGUAAACCAAUCGCCGCUGUGAUGAGUACAUGGACCAAGCAAAUGGGCUUUCCUCUCGUUUAUGUGGAAGCAGAGCAGCAAGAAGACGACAAAGUGCUGAAGCUAGUCCAGAAGAAAUUCUGUGCCAGCGGACCAUAUAGUGGGGAGGAUAACCCUCUAUGGAUGAUUCCUAUCAGUAUCUGUACAAGCGAAGACCCAGCCCAUGCCAAAAUGCAAGUGUUGAUGGACAAGCCGGAGUUGACCUUGGUUCUGAAGGAUGUUAAGCCUGAGCACUGGGUGAAGCUAAACCUGGGCACUGUAGGGUUUUACCGUACUCAGUACAGCUUGGAGAUGCUGGAGAGUCUGCUCCCAGCCAUCCGCGACCUCUCCUUACCACCUGUGGACAGGCUGGGACUGCAGAAUGAUCUCUUUUCUUUGGCCCGAGCUGGAAUUAUUAGCACUGUAGAGGUUCUAAAAGUCAUGGAAGCAUUUGUGAAUGAGCCCAACUAUACCGUGUGGAGCGACCUGAGCUGUAACCUGGGGGUUCUCUCGACUCUCUUGUCCCACACAGACUUCUAUGAGGAGAUCCAGGCAUUUGUCCGCGAUAUCUUUUCGCCCAUAGGAGAGAAGCUGGGCUGGGACCCCAAGCCUGGCGAGGGCCACCUGGAUGCGCUUCUGAGAGGUUUAGUUUUGGGGAAGCUAGGAAAAGCCGGCCAUAAGGCGACACUGGAAGAAGCUCGGCGCCGGUUUAAAGACCACGUGGAAGGGAAGCACAUCCUCUCUGCUGAUCUGAGGAGUCCUGUAUAUGUAACUGUUUUGAAGCACGGUGACAGUACAACCUUAGACACUAUGCUAAAGCUCCACAAGCAAGCAGACAUGCAGGAAGAGAAGAACCGAAUAGAGCGAGUGCUUGGCGCCAUAUCUCAGGCGGAGUUAAUACAGAAAGUUCUCACUUUUGCACUUUCAGAAGAGGUACGUCCCCAGGAUACGGUAUCCGUUAUCGGUGGAGUAGCUGGAGGGAGCAAGCAGGGCAGAAAAGCUGCUUGGAAGUUCGUCAAAGACAACUGGGAAGAGCUCUACAAUCGCUACCAAGGGGGUUUCUUGAUAUCUAGGCUAAUAAAGCUGUCGGUGGAUGGGUUUGCAAUCGACAAAAUGGCUGCAGAAGUUAAGGCUUUCUUUGAGAGCCAUCCAGCUCCGUCAGCUGAGCGCACCAUUCAGCAGUGCUGCGAAAACAUCCUCUUGAACGCCGCGUGGCUCAAGCGGGAUGCCGAAAACGUCCACCAGUACCUCCUGCAGCGUAAGGCCUCACCCACAGCUGUGUGAGCCCUCAUCCCUCAUCCCCCACCCACCCCCUACCCGGGCAUCCCAGCCGCUGUGGCCCGACUGCCUCGGUGUGAGGAAGAGGAGCUGCUAACCCGACAGCUGAAUCACACGCCAAGGAAAAUUGGAGUCUUUUCUCAAACGAAUGGAGAUUGGACGAUGAAUGUAGUUAACCGGUUCCUGCUCACACUCCAGAACUAAAUUCUAUUUAAAAAAGGAAAAGAAAAAAAAUUAUCAGCAAUUCAGCAAAAAAAUACAAAACAAAAAACCACCCUGUAAAUAUAAUAGUAAUAAAAUAGAGCGUAACAAAACUGUGAAAAUUCCUUAAGCCUUGUCAGUGGUUAAAAUAUUUAACACCUUCCCUCCCCGCCCCCUUGCAUCUACUGAUGAACGAUUUCUUAUUUUACCAUUCCCUUCUGCUUUCUAUUAAAAAAACAAAGAAGUGCAAGGAAGCCAGAGGUUUCUACAGUGAGAAUUGAAUUCUAUGGCAAGUUGAGGGCAGGAAUGGGUUAAUGCCUCUGAGCCCAUCAGAGAGCACACUACGAGACGGCAGAAGCAUGUACGCUUUGUGUGGAAUGGUUCGAUUCCGAAAGACCGCGUGGCGUACCUCGUGCUGCGUUUGGCGGGGGUUUUCAGGGAGGCCUCCCGUAAUCUCAGUUCAGAUUCAAAGGCUUUGUAAGAACCCUUGUUUUCUGUUCCUUUGUCUCAUGAUCUCUUUGUGGGGUGUGGGUAACCAAAUGGUCCAUGUUUUUCCUAUAUUUCCUCUCCCUUUAUGGUUUGAUUUGCUGAUGUCCUCCUUAGAGAAGAUAAGAACUUGUACGGAAAUGUCUUUCGUAGCCACAUGAUGAGAGAGAGAGAAUUAUCCUGCCACCCUUUUCAUGCUCUCUCUGUUUAAAUGAUACGUUCCCAUUGCAUGCAAGUACAAUACUGUGACUGGAUCCAUCCCUUUUGGGGCCACCACAGGGCAGGCCUCCUUUAUGCAUAACACCGUAAUUUGUCCAAAAAGCUCUCCCGGUUCCAAACCGAAACGCUGCCCUAAACUCCUUGUGAUUGCAGCUUCCCACCCCACCUCCCCCUUUCAGUGAUGUUUGAUGGUAAUUUGAUUCAGAAGCCUUAAAACUUGUGCUAGCUGGCAUGAUGAAAUUCUAAAUGGUGUGCCAUCAGUCGCUUUACCAGAGUAGCAUGCACCUGCUCACCAGACUUCAAACCCAACACCGCCACUCCCACAAAAACGUUUACAGUUCCCCUUUUUUUAAAAAAAAGCCUUUUUACAAAGAAAUUCAUACUUGGUGUGGCUUUAACUGUUAUAUCGGAAGGUCAUCAGAGAACUAGCUGUCAAACUGCUUCCCUGAAACACAUUUUUUUUUGUGCUAUUGUUUUAAAAAGAAAAACAAAAGGAAAAAAAUUAAAACAAGUUGGCGUUAAUAAAAAGGAAAGUCAAUGUGAAACCAAA